UCCGGUGUUUUAUCGUCACAGGAAGCAGACUUCAGUUGCGGAAGUAUGAUGUGUAGGUGUUCGUUCAGUACAUGUUUUGAUUUAGCAGUUUAGUGCAAUGUCUAAACUGUACACAGAGAAACUGACCCGGCUCUACGAGCGGUAUCGGGAGUACGUUACGAAGAACCCUGCAGCGACUGGACAACUGGAGAGCACCGUAAGAACGCUGUCGUACCUCAUUUCGGGGCGUUUCACUGACUCCCACGAAAUCUCUGAAUUGGUGUACUCUGCCUCCAACCUGCUGGUGCUGCUUAAUGAUGGCAUUCUGCGCAAAGGGCUGUGUCGAACCCUACCCAUGUCUCUCUCUCAGCAGAGGCUUCUCACCUGGCUGUCAGUGGUGGAGUACUUGGAGGUGUUCCUGGAGAUGGGGGCCACCAAGCUGUGGGGGGAGGGAGGUCGCUGGCUGGUCAUAGUGCUCAUCCAGAUCACUAAAGCCGUCUUGCGCUUCCUACUGCUCUUCUGGUACAGAUCUGGCAUGCAGACUUCCCCUCCUAUUACCCCACUGGACAGGGAGGCACAGGGAGGCAACGGUAACAGAGAUGAGGACCAUGAUGACCACCAGGAUGACAGCUCCUUCGUGGGCCAGCGGUCAGGGAGGGUGAUGAGGCCGUUGGGCAAUGCUCCCUCUCUGCAGGCCCGUCUGUGGGCAGCCCCCAGUAGGGAGAAGAGGUGUGCUGUGGAGGAGGAUCUGACCUCUAGUCCCACUGCCCUGGGGGUCCAGGAGACCAUAGCAGAGUCCAUGUACAUCGGACGCCCGCUGGUACACUUGCUCUGCCUGGGAAUGUGUGGGAGAGGCUCCUGGAAACCGUGGCUCAUAUCUGGAGCCAUGGAAAUGACCAGUUUUGGUUUGAUGAGUGACACUAAAUCUCUGAACCGGCGGGAGAGGGCGGAGGUGAGGAGGAGAGCCUUUCUGCUUCUGUACUACCUGCUCCGCUCCCCUUUCUACAACAGAUUCUCUGAGACAAAGAUCCUGUUCCUACUCCGAUUUCUGGCAGACAACGUUCCCGGCGUCGGGUUGGUUGCUCGCCCUCUAAUGGAUUACCUACCUGUCUGGCAGAAGAUCUACUUCUAUAACUGGGGCUGAGGGCAAGAGGUGGUUGAAGGUCACCUGGCCAGCUGGAUAGGGAUCGACACUAAAGAGGAAGACCCUCAGUAAAAUACAGAGCCAGAGACACAAGUCCCCCACAGACUCACUAGAAAACCUGUGCUGGUUAAUCUGCUCUAUUUCAGCUGGGACCCUCAAAUAAGAUCCAACAUGCAGUUAUGUUGCUAGGGCAUUCAAGAGUACCUUACGGAUCCUUCCGUUCUGUUGCUAGGGCAUGCCAGAGUAUCUUACGGAUCCUUCCGUUCUGUUGCUAGGGCAUGCCAUAGUAUCUUACGGAUCCUUCCGUUCUGUUGCUAGGGCAUGCCAGAGUAUCUUACGGAUCCUUCCGUUCUGUUGCUAGGGCAUGCCAGAGUAUCUUACGGAUCCUUCCGUUCUGUUGCUAGGGCAUGCCAGAGUAUCUUACGGAUCCUUCCGUUCUGUUGCUAGGGCAUGCCAUAGUAUCUUACGGAUCCUUCCGUUCUGUUGCUAGGGCAUGCCAGAGUAUCUUACGGAUCCUUCCGUUCUGUUGCUAGGGCAUGCCAGAGUAUCUUACGGAUCCUUCCGUUCUGUUGCUAGGGCAUGCCAGAGUAUCUUACGGAUCCUUCCGUUCUGUUGCUAGGGCAUGCCAGAGUAUCUUACGGAUCCUUCCGUUCUGUUGCUAGGGCAUGCCAGAGUAUCUUACGGAUCCUUCCGUUCUGUUGCUAGGGCAUGCCAUAGUAUCUUACGGAUCCUUCCGUUCUGUUGCUAGGGCAUUCAAGAGUACCUUACGGAUCCUUCCGUUCUGUUGCUAGGGCAUGCCAGAGUACCUUACGGAUCCUUCCGUUCUGUUGCUAGGGCAUGCCAGAGUACCUUACGGAUCCUUCCGUUCUGUUGCUAGGGCAUGCCAGAGUACCUUACGGAUCCUUCCGUUCUGUUGCUAGGGCAUGCCAUAGUAUCUUACGGAUCCUUCCGUUCUGUUGCUAGGGCAUUCAAGAGUACCUUACGGAUCCUUCCGUUCUGUUGCUAGGGCAUGCCAGAGUAUCUUACGGAUCCUUCCAGUCUGUUGCUAGGGCAUGCCAGAGUAUCUUACGGAUCCUUCCAGUCUGUUGCUAGGGCAUGCCAGAGUAUCUUACGGAUCCUUGCCUUUUGCAUUCCCUCCUUGUUCUUUAUUUUUGUAAUCUGAGUGAUUUCUGUCAUAUCUUCCAUCAGACUGAUCUUGAACCAGUAUAUGAUGAAUUGAUUGUGUGAUUUAGUUCUCCUUUUGUAAACUAUACAUUACCUAGUGGUGUUAUUGACCGAGUGGUAUGAGAUCUCUUUGGCACCGCUGGUGAAGAUCAUCUAGUCAGUCAGUUUUGCUGUCUGUCACUGGGAACAAUCCCUCCUAAAUGUCUCCAGUUAAACAACCCACUACAGCUAGCCCUGAUGGGUUCUGUGCAGUUGGUCCUACAGCAUUACAUCAAAUGACUUUUGAGGCUGGUUGAAGUUCUCUCUAUGGGGCUGUCCCAAUAUCUAAUUUCUCCCAAAGUGUGCACUUGUUCACUCCUUCCCACAAAUCUAGAUUGGCAUGGGUUAGUGGGAGUUUCCACCAUAUUUCAUAUACUAGUCAAUUCCUUUCAAAUCUGUGAAGGAACGUUAAUUGGAGGAAGGAGAGAAUUGGGCCAUAACCCUUAUGUUUGUCAGAUUGGGUAGAAAAACAAAUGAACAAUGUAUGUGACCAUGAUAUGGAAUCUAACAUUUGUAUAUUAAAUAUAUGCUGUAUUCUCAAUUAUUGGUAUUAACUACCUAAUUGUGCUGUUCUAGUAGAGGUACUUUAUUUAACCAGGCAAGUCAGUUAAGAACAAAUUCUUAUUUACAAUGACAGCCUAGGAACAGUGGGUUAACUGCCUUGGUCAGGGGCAGAACGACAGAUUUUUACCUUGUCAGCUCAGGGAUUAGAUCCAGCAACCUUUCGGUUACUGGCCCAACGCUCCAACCACUAGGCUACCUGCCGUUCCAUCUAAUUGUUAAUUAAUUGGGGUUGAGAAUUAAGAAUCGAUUUUCGUAGUUUAUCCAGACUACUUGAAAACAACUAUCUGGAAAUACAUUGAAACCAGGUUGUUUUCCCUGUGUGAAAAAAGUGUUGAUGAUUGGGGGGAAGUGGAAUGUUGUGGCUCUGAGUGCCUUUCAAAAGUUGACUUACCAGAGGAAAAAGGAAAUCUCUAAUGUACUUAUUUAAAAUUGUGCAAAUGUUUUUAUUUAUGAAUCCUAUAAAUGUGUUGAAUAAAUCACCAGAGUAAUAAUCUGGUACCACCCAG